AACUAACACUCCUUUGAACGAACUCAAGUAAGACACCGGCCAACCGAGGCCAUUGGGUUCGUUUGACAAAAUAGCGUCCCCCAAACAUUGAGGUGUUGUGGCCAGAGGGACACUUGCACGUGUCACUGGUACACUACCUGACUUCUGGCACCUGGCAGCUGGCACCUCUUGGGAACAAAGUUGCUGCAAGAAUGCCUUUGAGGGUAGUGUUCGUCUUCGAGAUGUUAACCCAGCCAUACAUCUUGUUGAUUCUAAAUGGUCAUCAGUUGCAAGCAGUGUGCAAAAAAAAUAAUAAUAGCAAAACAAUUAGUUGCAUGUUAAAAAGAGAAGAGUGGUGUUAAAGUACGACACGAAGUAUAAAGAAGUGCCAAGCUGACGGGAAGAAGUUUUGGCGAGGUGCUGAGGGUCUAUUUACAUCUGCUGGGCUUCGCGGCAAAAUGACGCGGCCAGAGUUGUUGUUCUGACUUCACAGCGACCUGUUGAGUCUCCACUUGUGAACUUUCUCACCCCUUCACUGGUACUUAUUGGCUUUCUUCAAGAUACCAUCAUGGUUGUUGAUCUUAAAAGGGGAGGUCAUCAGUAAAUAGUAAUUAAGGUUGCGAUUUUCACCCCCUGCCUCAGGAAGUGAGUUAUAAAUUUGAGUCACCCUCACGACUACAGUACACAGACGACCGCAGAACGUAGAUUGAUAUUGACUGUAGAUAACCAGCGAACGUGAACGACCCAGUAGCGGUUGUGGAGGAGGAAGCAAGAAUGUCGCAAGUGGGAGGGGACGAGACGGGAAUUGUCAGUUUGUUCGGGCCUGAUGAACCACAACUUAACAAGAACAAAAAAGACAAAAAGAACAAGAAACACAAGAAACAACAACAGAAGGAAAAUGUUUCACAAAAUCCAGAAGAGAAUGCCAAGAAAACAAAAGAGGACACAAUGGAUACCUUUCUCGGUUUAUUUGAUCCAGCCAUGGAAAACGAGACAACACAAGAUAUCGAUGAACUAAAUGGAAAUGUUAGUCAUGAUGAGCUGCAGUACAAAGGACGUCGGGGAACCCUGGGGGGCGUGAGAAGGGGCCCCAGCGUUGCCAUACUUCCUGACCAGCUGCCAUCUGAACCUCAAGAGGGGAAUAUUGAGUACAAGUUAAAACUUGUCAAUCCAAAUCAUGAAAGAUUUAAGAGACUCGUAUCUCAGAUGCAAUGGAGAUUACGAGAGGGGUUAGGAGAAGCCAUAUAUGAGAUUGGGGUUGAGGAUUCUGGGAUCCUCCUCGGUCUAACACAAGAGGAGCUGGAAGCCUCAAUGAAGACGCUACGUCGCAUGGCCAAACAGCUUGGGGCGUCACUAACAGUAAUACGUGAGAAAACCAUAUCGGGUCACAAUGGGCAGACACGCAAGGCUGCGGAGGUUCUAGUCAGAAAGGUACCUGAUGAUCAGUAUAGUAUAGAGCUAAGAAUAGCAGUGCUGGGAAACUCUGACGUGGGCAAGUCCACACUACUGGGAGUUUUGACACGUGGGGAGCUGGACAAUGGCCGAGGCUGUGCUAGACUCAAUGUAUUUCGUCACCGACAUGAAGUUUGUUCAGGGAAAACUUCAUCUAUAUCUCUGCAGCUGAUGGGUUUUGACUCUCAGGGUAAUGUGAUCGACCAGACAUGUACCAGAAGUCGAGACUAUGAUGAUGAGGAUAUCUGCAGUCAGUCCAUCAAAAUAAUCAACUUCAUAGACCUUGCUGGAGAUCAGAAAUAUUUGAAAACAACUGUAUUUGGACUGUCUGGCUAUUCUCCACAUUAUGCUGUUCUAGUAGUAAGUGCAUUUUCGGGCGUGGCGCCGAUGACCGAGGAGCACCUCAGUCUUGCUCGGGCUCUGGAUGUGCCCAUUGUUAUUGUUGUCACCAAAACUGAUAUUGCAUCACCUCAGCAGAUCCAGAGAACAAUUAAUGAUCUCAAGCAAUUUCUCACACAACCAGGAUACAAACGGGUGCCAUUGAUUAUUCAAAAUGAGGACGAUGCCAUCACAGCUGGCAGCAACCAGUUGGAUAAUAACAUAGUGCCCAUAUUCUGUGCCUCAAGUGUCACUGGGGAUGGGCUUACUCUACUUAAAAAGUUCCUGUUUGUGUUGCCACCCAGAAUAAGCAACAAAGAGCGAGAGAAACUGGAACAGGAGCCAGCAGAGUUUCAGAUAGAUGAGGUGUUCCAUGUAGACCACAGCAUAGUUGUAGGAGGCCUGCUUACUAAAGGUGUCAUUAUGCAGGGAGCAACAUUACUACUUGGUCCAAUGGACAACUGCAGCUUUGUCCCAGUGACCAUUGGGUCAAUCCACCGCAACAAAGUUCCAUGCAGAGUAGUGUGUGCAGGACAGUCGGCUUCACUGUCACUACAAGGUCCAGAUCUGACUUUACGCAAGGGAAUGAAGUUAAUGAGUGUUGAAGCAAGGCCUAGAGCGUGUUUCUACUUUCAGGCAAGGACACAAGUUCUCCAUCACUCAAGUAGUAUAUGUCGUGGAUUCCAAACAACCGUCCAUAUCGGAAAUGUUAGACAGACAGCUGUUGUUGAGGGGAUUCUUGGGUCGCGGGGACUACACACAAAUGAUCGGGGUUCAGUGAUAUUCCGCUUCCUCCGGCAGCCGGAAUUAGUCCAGAAUGGGGCAAGGCUGCUGUUCCGGCAAGGAUCAACCAAAGGUAUAGGAAAGGUAAUUCAGGUGUUUGAAGAAGAGCCAGAUAAUGUUGACCUUUAUAAUGGUCUUAUAAGAUAAGUUGAUUGAAGUAUAACCGAGUGAUUACCGAGGUAUCUGAAAACUUGUAUAUAAUAAGUGAGAUGGUAUAAUGGUGUUAAAAACUUAAAAUACUUAAAUUUAUUAUGAGAGUUUUUUGGGAAAAAUCUUAUUUUUAAGUUGUGUACACCUCAGAUCUCUUGAAGAGUAAAUGGGGACAACCCAGGCCAAACAUAAAUAUCCUUAAGAAAGAAGAAAAUUUAAUAUACGUUAAAGCAUUAUUACUCCCCUCCUCUAAAUCCAAAUUAGCGAGAAAAAUCUGGUAUUGUCAUGUGUAUAUGUCUUAAAAAUUUUGUUUUAUUUUUUAGUUAAUUUGGACAUACAGAUAACCUAAAAUGGACUUAUUUUGUGGGCAUUGACAUUAGUAUAAUGUGAGCAUUGAUUCUGCCCUCAUCCUGUCUGAUCAGGACUAAUCUAACAUUGUAGCACAACCAAGGUUAAGGUUAGAUUGGAUUAGAUUGUAUCUGGUGGUGUUUGCUUAGCUUAGCACAGCACACCUUUUGAUUCACAGCAGUAUCUCUAGUACAGUAACUGGCCACCGUCUAUUUUGAAAAUUUAUUGUAGACACGACUUAUCAUUGGGAAAUUGCCUAUAGUGCAGAGAUAUUGUACACAAUGUCCAGUUAUAAUCAGCCUAGCCAUAGGCUUUUCUUGUAAAAAAUGUAUGCCCAUACAGUACACAAUUAUUGCAUCAUCUGCACUAUGAAGUAUAGCCCAGACUAGUAGAAUGCUCCAGCUCUUGUAAUGCCCACAGGGUAACAACAGUUCCAUUUGAUCCCCCAUGGAGGAGUGAUCCCAGCUCUUUGUUCUCACAAAGUGAUCUCAAACCCACUGUACUCACUAAGAUUAACACAGCUCCAUAUAACCCUAGAGAGAGAUCCUAGUUUCACUAUGUCCCUUCUUAGGUGACACCUUAUGUUCCCACAAAGUCAUAAUAAUGCCAGCCAGCUUUAUUCAUAUAAUGGUGCCUCCAACCUGUCCCCACCAAAUGACCCCAAUCCUACUGUGUCCAGAGAAUAAUCCAAGUCCCUAUUUGAUCCUGUGAUUGAACUUUACAUCUGAAAUUGUAGGAUCAAACAAAUGUUGAUACAAGGAAUUCGUGUUCAAACUAUCAUUUAAGGAAGUACAGAAGUACUGUGAACUUAGUCUGAAUAUCAUACUAUAAUGACCUGAAUGGUACAUACCAAUAUUUUGGUUGUUUUAUGUGUAGUAAAGUUGAUAUAAGUCACCGACAGUCUGAAAAGUUAAUUAGCUAGCUGACAGAAGUUCUUGCCAUCUACCAUCAUAGCAAGGAAGGUCGAAUAGUCAAGAGCCACUACAUAAUGAAGAUGUUAUACACUUAAAAACACAGGACAUAGUGGUGUAUCCAUGUUGUGGGUUGUUCUCUUAUCCCAGGUGUUUUGGCCAUAUUUCUUGACUUGUAAAUACAGACCAUAACCUUGUCUUGAGAUAAAACUUUAGCUGUUGUGCUGGGAACAGAAUUUCAUCAGCUUGUUCCUGAGCUGCUUUUUAAAGUUAUUACAUCUGUUUACCAUGACUAAUGUUUAAACAUUAUAUAAUCUCUUAAAGCUUUAUAUCUUACCACACUAAGAUAGAAACAUUUCUUUAACAUUUAGAAACUGACUGAUCCCACUUACGAUUUAGGAGGAUGAGGGACACAUUGCAUCAGUUCACUGUAUAGGGCAUUACAGCCUCCCCCCUCCCCCAUAUGUAUUGAUCAAUACAUGAAAUUAUUAUGUGGCAACACAACUCUGUGCACAGUCAUCACUAAUUGAAGGCAUUGUAUGAGGCAGCAAAUUUAUAAUCUGGUGUGCAAUAGAUUCCAGUGCUCUCAGACAACCAGUUGGUUUACUGUCAAAUGCUUAAUCAUUGAACAUCUCAUGACCCAAACUUUUAUUGAUUAGAUGAUUUGUGUGCAAUUUGAUUGCCAGCUGUAUGACCUAAUUAUUGGUGAAAAUCUCUGCCAGAUUGACUUACUUAGUGAACACACUGUUAGCUGGUUAUCAUAUUUGUGGCAGAAACCAGAUAUACUGAUGAUCUUGUAACUGUAUUCUUUAAAUACAGUGAAACAACUUUUUGAGUUUAUUACUGGCUAGUAAAUGGCAUACAGUACAUAUUCUUAAUACCAUUUAAGGUUUUCAUUCCUUUAUUUUUUUGUAAUCUGUGUGGACUAAAUAGUGAAUAAAAUUUAGAACUCUAAAUUUUAACUAAAGUUCAAUAAAAUACUGCCACAACAUUUCCUUUGAAUGUCUUUGGUAGUAUAUGCUGGAUAUUUUCUGUUAAAAGUACAAUUUUCUUGUAAACCUGUUUAAUACCAGUGCAGUGAGGAAGGAUUAUUGUAGUGUAUGGAAACUUUGUAGAAUAUAGGAUGUACAGUAUAGUGUAAAUGUUUCACAGGUGAGGCAGAAAUAUAUUGCAGUAACACACAUAGCUACUACCAACCAAACGCUGGGAAAAGUACAUUAGUAUAGUAUGAAAAUUAACUGCCUACUGCAUACUUUUAUCUAUAUUUUUUAUUCCCAUCUGUGCUCAGUACUACACCAAGGGGUUAUAAAAUUAGGGCUCACUAAGUCUGUCACUUCUCAUUUAUUAUUGUAUCAUUGGUCUCUGUGUAAAUCAGUUUUUCUUUUCAUCAAAUGGUACACAACAGUCAGCCAAUUAUAUAUGUUUAUAAGUACACUGUGCUCUCUAAAAAUGUAGGGAGAAGUAGGGGAUGAUGACCCAUAGUUUUCAACAUUUUGAAAAGGAUGGAAAUACUGUAUUCUUUUAUAUAAUCUCUUUUUCUUACCAGUUAAUAAAACAUGUACAGUA